AUGGUAAGAAUCGUAAUGACAACCGAACAAGAAGCUUUAAAAUAUGCCAAUGGAGGCAUCAAUAUUGAAGACAACAGUGCUUAUGGAUUCCUAUCUCUUGGACUAGAUUGUAAUACACCUGGCCACAUCUGCAACCGAUUCUCUGAAAACAGCUAUACACUUAAAUGUACUAAAACCUACCUGUUAUAUAGCUCUGAAAGUGAAAAGCAUAGUAAAGAUUUCUCUAAGAAGGCCAGCUUCUUCACUACCCCUCUCCUUUAUGUGGGACUUCUACUUAGUAGUUGCCUUCCUCCUCUUUUCCCAAAAUCUGGAAAAAACUCCCACCUACUCUCCCCUUUUCUAGUCUCAAAGACCAAUUUCUUUCCCACUUUUUGGGACCUUUUUCUUUCCCCUUCCUCAUACUCCUCCUACAGGAGACUUUGA